CACCUCCAACAUGUUUAAAUCACUGCAGAAAGUGUUCAAGUAGUUUCAUUUACCUCGAUGACGUGCGUUCGAGGAAGCUGGGAUGAUUGACACAUGACAAGGGCCCCUGUCACCAUGACAACAUGCUCUAAUGGAGGCCCCUCCUCCUAAAGUACAUAACCCCAGUCUCUGAUCUGGCCUGCACUUGCUCCAUCUCUCAUCUGCACCGAGACUGCUGUGGGGAGCAUGUCCACUGACUGUGUGAGGUCACUCUCAGACAAAGCCGAACACACACUCACCAUGCAUGAACAUCUCUAUGGGAACGCUGAAAUGGACAAUCAGAAGCACAGCUCCGAGGAACAUCAGCAGGACAAACUGGGCCAGAAGAAACCCCGCAGAAAAGACACUCCCGUUCUCAACAGCCCUCCACUCAUACCAGGCGUGAGAUUGAUGAAGACGGAGGCUCGAAUGAUUCAUCAGGAGGAUGAGGAGAAGGAGAUGAAGAAGUAGAUGUGUGUUCACUGUUGUUUGUGUUAUUUUUGACCGUUGACUGAGCCUUCAUUAAAUGUAGGUUUUGCAGAUA